AGUGUGGUUGCGCGAAAAAAUUUCUUGACGUCGCAAAAAUCUACAAUAACUUGCAAUAAAUGCUUUAAAACGCAAUUGAAGCGUACGCAAACCAGUGACAAACGCUGAACGUACAUGGCGUAACGGCUAAACUAUUGAAAUUCCUCGGGAGCAGCAAAAAACAGCGCUGUUAAGUGUACAAUAUUACCUGACGACCACACACACAAACACGCACACGCAUACACAAGCAUACACUCCUACACACACACACUGUCACAUACGCUCGUAUAUACACAGACGCACGCAGUUUCACUUGGCCUCCCUCCCUCCCUUGAGCCACCCAAUCGCAUCGAUGAAAUAACAUACAUAACGCGUAUACCGAAAAUACAUAAGCUUGCUUGGCUGAAAUAACGGAGAAGCAAAAAGCACAAAAAGAAAAAAACGCAGAUACAAACGCAGGUAUCUGCAGCAGCACACAACAACAACAAACAGCGCCAGUGAAACAUGUCCGACAUCAUGAACAUUGACAGCAUUAUCUCGCGCCUGCUGGAAGUGCGUGGCGCACGUCCAGGGAAAAAUGUGCAACUCUCAGAGGGGGAAAUACGAAGCUUGUGUCUGAAAUCGCGCGAAAUAUUCCUAUCACAACCGAUACUGCUGGAACUGGAGGCGCCGCUCAAAAUCUGCGGCGAUAUACACGGACAAUACUAUGAUCUGUUGCGUCUGUUUGAGUAUGGCGGAUUUCCGCCAGAGUCGAAUUAUUUAUUCCUGGGCGAUUAUGUGGAUCGUGGCAAGCAAUCCUUGGAGACGAUAUGUCUGCUGCUGGCAUACAAAAUCAAAUAUUCGGAGAAUUUCUUUUUGCUGCGCGGCAAUCACGAAUGCGCCAGUAUCAAUCGCAUCUACGGGUUUUACGAUGAAUGCAAGCGACGUUACACCAUCAAGCUAUGGAAAACUUUUACGGAUUGCUUCAACUGUUUGCCCGUUGCAGCAAUUGUGGAUGAGAAGAUCUUUUGCUGUCACGGCGGCCUGAGUCCUGAUUUGUCGUCCAUGGAGCAAAUACGUCGCAUUAUGCGGCCAACGGAUGUACCAGAUCAGGGCCUGUUAUGCGAUCUCUUGUGGUCCGAUCCCGACAAGGAUACCAUGGGCUGGGGUGAAAAUGAUCGCGGUGUUAGCUUCACAUUUGGAGCAGAGGUUGUGGGCAAAUUUCUACAGAAGCACGAAUUCGACCUCAUUUGUCGGGCUCAUCAGGUUGUUGAAGAUGGUUACGAAUUCUUUGCCAAACGGCAGCUGGUCACACUCUUCUCAGCACCUAAUUACUGUGGCGAAUUUGACAAUGCGGGUGCCAUGAUGUCGGUUGACGAAACAUUAAUGUGCUCCUUUCAGAUAUUGAAACCCGCCGAUAAACGACGAUUUGUUUAUCCAAACUUUGGCAGCUCAGGGCGUCCCCUAACACCGCCCCGCGGCGCUAACAAUAAGAAUAAGAAAAAAUAAGCAACAACAAUAAUUUACAAGAGCAGUAGCAACAACAACAGUAACAAGAAACGGCCACACAAAAAUGAAUACCAAUUAAAUGCGCAAAUUGUUUGUUUUUUAUCGAAUAUGUGUAAUCGAAUCGUGAGCAACGUUAGAAGGGUAUAGAAAUUCAUACAAAUUAGCCUAUUUUUCAUUUUGGAAAACAAAAAAAAAAGGAAAAAUUACAACACACAUACACACACACUCUCACAAAUUGAGACACUUUAGUUCAAACUAAUUGUAGUGUUAAACACUGCAUAAGCAUGAAUAUCUCUUAAUGUAUUAAUUUUAUUUUGUUAUAGUUUUCCUUGCGCAAUGCGAACACAUUUUGAAACCUCAAUCACAAGCACCCCCAACACACACCCACAUACACGUACAGUAGGUACAAAAAGAAUGCACACAUACACACAGAAGCAAAAGAUGUAUUUAUCGCAUUUUAUCUUGCAUAGCAUUUUCUCUUUUCGGUUUUUUUUGCAUAGCACAACUACCAAGGCAGAGAGCACAAACUUCUCUUCACAAUUUGUAUUGUUUUAUUCAAUUUGUAGCAAAGGGUAAAAUGUUGUUUUUAUAAUUAUUUUUUUGAAUUUGAAUCGAAAGCUUUUGAUAUAUGUGUGUGAAAUGAAAAGUAUGUACGGUAUUUUAAGCGCAAUUUAUUUUUUUAUAUUAUAUUUUAUUCAUGAUUAAAUUUCUACUAAAUGUUUACUUAGUUUUAAACGCCAAGCAAAUUUAGCUCGAAGGUACAUAAGUUUCACAAUUGUUUACACCAAAAAUAUUAAAAUAAACAACAAAAAUUGUGUAUAUUUUUAACUUGUAUGCGUUGACGAUUAAAAAUAUGUAACACACGAACACAUACACAAAACGUGCAUAUAAAAAUCAGAAAAUGCAAAAAAAAAAACAAAAA